AUGGCGGCGGUCGUGAACGGCUCGAGGCGGCUGCUCACACGGUCCUCGACGAGCCUCGCCCUCCUCCCGGCCCGACCAAGGCCAACCACGCUCGCGGGCCUGACUGCGGCACACCUCUCUGCGACUCCCUCCUCCUCCUCCGCCUCCGCCUUCUUCUCCACAACCGCCGUCCAGGCCAAGGGCCCUGUGCAGCACAUCCGCAGCGGCAAGCAGGUCCAGAAUGUCCGCAAGAAGAGACAGGUGGCGCACAGCGGCAAGCCUAUCCUGCCCGGCGAGCGCAAGGCAUACCGGAAGCGCAUUGUGCUGAGCAACAGCAAUGCGCUCGAGGUGCCCGGUCUGGAGGAGCUGACGGCAGAACACCUGGUGCCGUCGUCUUCAUCAUCAUCAGAAUCAAUAGAGAAAGUCCAAAAUGCCAACACGGCCCGCAUGCUGGCGCUCCCCGACACCGUUGUCGACAAGCUGCGCGCCAUUGAGGCGUUCAAGGCGACGCAAAACUUCCACCUGUUCCGGCGGCCGAGUCUGCUGCUGCGCAGCGAGGCGGCCGCGCUGGCCGACCGGCUGCAGCGCGACGUGGCCGGCAACAAGCAGACGGUCCGGCUUGUGAUUGACGGCGAGCGCAUCACCGGCAAGUCGACGCUGCUGAUGCAGGCCGCCGCGCAGGGCUUCCUUAACGGCUGGCUGGUUGUCAGCAUCCCCGAGGCCCAGGAGCUGACGACGGCGUGCACCGAGUACGCGCCCGUGCCCAACACGAGCCCGCUGCAGUUCACGCAGCCCAACUACACGCUGCGUCUGCUGCAGGCCGUGCUCGCCGCCAACGGCGACCUGCUCGCCAAGUACACCACGUCGCGCGCCUACGACGACCUCGUCAACCCCGUGGCCGCCGGCAGCACCCUGCACGACCUGGUGUCGGCCGCCAAGGAGCCCGACCACGCCUGGCCCGUCUUCCAGGCCCUGUGGGCCGAGCUGUGCGACCCGAGCACCACCGCGCUGCCGCGCCCGCCCGUCCUGUUCACGCUCGACGGCCUCGCCCACAUUAUGCGCGUCAGCGACUACCGCGCGCCCAGCUUCGAGCGGAUCCACUCGCAUGAUCUGCUGCUCGUGCGCGCCUUCGUCGACGCCCUCGGCGGCGCCACCCCGUUCCCCCACGGCGCGGCCAUUUUGGCGGCCACGACGCGCAACAACGCGCCGCUCAACCCGACCAUGGACUUGGCCAUCCGGCAGCGGCUGGCCGAGCAGAGCAAGGCGGACGACAUCCCGCAGCCGGAGCCGUUCUUCCGCCACUACGACGACCGCGUGUCGGCCGCGAUGAAGACGGUCGAGGCGCUGGAGCUCAAGGGCCUGAACAGGACCGAGAGCCGCGCGCUGCUCGAGUACUGGGCGGCGAGCGGUGUGCUGCGGGAGCGCGUGGACGAGGCCCAGGUCGCGCAGGCCAUGAUCCUGUCCGGCAACGGCGUGGUGGGCGAGAUGGAGCGGGCGUAUCUGCUGAGCCUGCGGGUGUAA